CCUCCGCGCAUUCCUGUCCGGGAGCAGAAGACAGAGAAGUAAGAGAAGCGGCGGCGGCAGCAGUAAAAGAGUCCGCCCUCUCCCCCACCGUCUCCUCCGCCUGGCGGGGCCCCGACCGCCCCCGUAUCCCCGAACCGCGCAGCCCAGGCUGGGAUGAAGCUUCCCUCCCUGCCAGCAGCCGCACCAGUGUCCGCUCCGCCGGGGGCCCCCUCAGCAGCAUGGAGCAAUACAUGGAGGAGGACGUGGGCCGGCUGAUGGAGGACCUGUGCCUGGAGGACAGCCGGCCCCGGAGGCUGAACGGCGGCGCUGGCGGCCUCCUGCACUACCUGCCGCACUGCCCCUCCGACCCGUACAAGACGUACCCAGCGCAGCCCGGACACCUGAGCCGUCAGGAGGCGGAGGUGGCGCUGCCCUGCUACUCGGGGCGGCCGGGUAUGUACCCCGGGGGGAGCGGCAGCCCCAGGUCCAGCACAGCGCCCCCCUGCCAGGAGCUCGGCAAGUUCUCCAGCCCCCGCUCCAGCCUGGUGGUGCCGAGUCCCCGCUCCAGUCUGGGCCAGUACGAGUCGCUGAGUCCCCGAUCCAGCUACGCCAGCACGGCCAGCGACACCAGCAAGCACUCGAGUCCCCGGGCCAGCCUCAACGACUGCGGCUCCAAGCCGAGCAGCAACCGCACCAGCGGCAUCAGCAUGGGCUACGACCAGCGGCACGUCAGUCCCCGCUCCAGCUACUCCACCGGCAACCUGGAGGCGGACGGCGGCGGGCACGGCACGGUGAUCAGCCCCCGCUCCAGCCUGUGCCUGCAGGACGGCAGGGCCGCCACUCUGGUCAGCCCCCGCUCCAGCAUCUCCAGCCACAGUUCCCGCAGCUCCCGUAGCUCCCGCGGGUCCAUGGGGGCUUAUCCCGACGUGCCCGGGCCCUCCCCCCGUUCCUCUAUGCUGGGGCCGGGGCUGCAGGAAGAGGCCCUGCCGCAGGAAGUCGGGGAAGUCGGCCACUACAAGCUGCUCGCACAGUCUCCCCCCCGGCACGAGCAGCAGCACACGACCGAGCCCGGCCUCACCGCCUCCUACGGCUACAGCUCCGCCAAGGGCUCCGCCACCUUGCACAGGUUCAAGCUGCCCUACCAGGUCACCCCAUCCAAGGAGAGCGGCCCCAGCCAGGCGGAGAAGAGGCUGGAAGCGCUGACCCUUGAGCUGGAGAAGGAACUGGAGAUGCACAUGAAGAAGGAGUACUUCGGUAUUUGUAUCAAAUGUGGGAAAGGGGUAUAUGGAGCGAGCCAGGCCUGCCAAGCCAUGGGAAACCUGUUUCACACCAAUUGCUUCACCUGCUGCUCAUGUGGGCGAAGAUUACGCGGGAAAGCAUUUUACAAUGUCAAUGGAAAGGUUUACUGCGAAGAAGACUUCCUGUAUUCCGGCUUCCAGCAGACAGCAGACAAGUGUUUUGUGUGUGGACACCUUAUAAUGGAGAUGAUUUUACAAGCUCUGGGGAAGUCCUACCAUCCUGGCUGCUUCCGGUGUGUGGUCUGCAAUGAGUGUCUGGAUGGAGUCCCCUUCACUGUGGAUGUGGAGAACAAUAUCUAUUGUGUCAAAGAUUAUCACACAGUUUUUGCACCUAAAUGUGCCUCGUGCAGUCAGCCAAUCCUCCCAGCGCAGGGGUCAGAGGAAACAAUCAGAGUGGUUUCCAUGGAUAAAGAUUACCAUGUGGAGUGUUAUCACUGUGAGGACUGUCACCUUCAGUUGAACGAUGAGGAAGGCCACCGCUGUUACCCACUGCAGGGACAUCUCUUGUGCCACGGCUGCCACAUCAGACGCAUCAGUGUGAACAUUCCUCCUCCGCACCCAGCCAACUACCCCAUGCACGUCACUGAGCUGUGAGGCAAAGAAUCCAAUGGAGGAAAGUGACUCCCUGUAUUCUACCAGCGGCAGGUGCCCUAUGUACAAAUAUGAGGGGACAGAGCCUGUGCCUACAAUACAUUUCUACAGAGCCGGAGAUGGAUUUAUUGAAAUUAUUUAUUGUCCGGUUGAUGCUCAUCCCCAGGACGUAAGAAUGCGGCUCUCCAGUAGUGAGAAUUAGCACUUAACCUGUAUUAACCUGUGUUCUGCCAGAUGCCGGGACACUGUAGGCAGACAUUUUGUUCUGGUUUUCUGAUGGGACAGGAUUCUAGGGGAGGAGAGCAUUCUGAGCCAAGUUCCCUCACGUACCGUCCACUGCUGCUGCAGAACUUCCUGGCAGUGAGAUAUAAAACCCCAACGCUUGUGUCUGAUUGGCUGUGAGCUCUUCUUGUGCCUAGUGGUUGAUAGCCAUUAAAAUCCUAUGUAACAACCAAUCUUCACGCUGGGUGAUUUCCGUGCAGAGAUGAAGCUGCUAAAUUCAGAUCCAGUUCUCUGUGCUAUGAUGAAAUGUUCCUCUACCUGUCACAUGACUAACCGAACCCAAGUAGAAGCGACUAUCAUAGGAAAAACUUAACAGCAAAUCUUUUUGGAUAUCAUCAAGGGUUGAUACUGUAUCUGGUGACUAAUAGCAACAAGCCCACAUGUCACCCACAGAAGGUAAUAACAUGGAGGCUUCUAAUAAACGCCUGUAAAUGAAUCAUUCAUUGUUGUAUUCCUAUUGACUGACAGCAAGCAGAGGUCUUGAAAGUGGGGAAAAAAAUUAUUACAAUCCCUCAAAUAGCAAAACAGUUCUUGUUCCUAUAGCAACCAGUGUUUAGCUGUGAUUGUUAUGAAGCUUUAUUUCCAUUACACUAAGGCAUGCAGUGAUUGGAGUCCAUCAGUAUCAGUGUUUAAGCCUUUAGAUUCAUUUCUAGGAAUGACCCUCCCCCACUUUAGUCAGUGACCUGUGAUGUCUGCUUUAUAAUUCCUCAGAAAGUAAUUAAUUGUAGAUGGUUGAGGAGUAUCAUGACCACAAGUCACAGGUCAGUCCAUGAACAGACACCAUGUAUUGGGAGAUUACCUUAUCACAGAGCACUGGAGAUGGCUUUGAGGGUUCUUGACAUGCAGAGGCCUUCUGCUCCGUAGUUGACCCAGUUUUGGUUGGAAAAAUCUCUUCCAGUCCCUCCCUGUCUGCCUGGACAUAUAAUGCCUAACACUCAGAGCCGCCAUCAUUGAGUUAACCCCCAUGUCUCCCCUCUUCCUGCACAGAUAACCUACAACAAAAAGAUGAUGUUUUCAGUUUUUAGCAUUUAUGCAUUUUCAGUAUAUCUGGUUUCUUGUUGCUGCCACCAUGGCUGUACAGUCACAUGACCGGGGUCAUAGGGCAGAACAGUGCAAAAAGUCUUCACACUGUCUCUCGGUAGUUUUAUUGCCAAUUGUGGAUCUUGCCACCAGGGCUUACAAUCUAAUGGAGGUCCCUGACACUGGAAUGAACACUAUGGACUGCGCUGCGGACUACUCUGUAUAUAUGAGAUAGAUGUGAAUGUUUCCAUAUUGUACCAGCUCAGUGCCUUAGUCACCACGGACUCAGCCGCCUUCUGACUGCUGUUGUCACAAAUGUCAUAAUCCAGAGCUGUGUGACACAAGACUAAGGCAGGCUCAUGUGUCCCAAAUUCCUUUAAUCUAGCAUCAUACUUUGCAUGGAAGGAGUGAAGAAUUUGUCACCCCAGGAGAGCUUUAUUCUCUAGGAAUGGCGUCACAUACCACCACAGUUCACCCUUUAUGGAUUAUCAGGUGCUGGAUUAAAGAAAUUUUCUGAUUGUAAAUGGCUUUUAUGUGUUGCGACCAACUGAUAUUCUCAGCUGACUGCACUGCGUUGCUUACCUCUUCUUUGGAGGAUCGCACCUAUAAUAAGUAUCCGGAGGCAUGGACUUAAUCCUAAAAGGAUCAUGGGGAGAUUUACCAAAACCUGUGUAGAGGAAGAGUGGUGUACUUACCCAUAACAACCAAUCAGAUUGCUUUAAAUAUAAAAGUUGAAAUCUGAUUGGCUUCUAUGGGUAACUGCAUCACUCUUCCUCUAUGCAGGUUUUGAUAAAUCUCCCCCCAAAUGUUCAUGGGUGUGAUCCUCUGAAGUUUAGGUCUAAAUCAGUUUCCUAGACAAAAUGGCUGCCACAGUUUCUACAAGCUGCCGGUCAGCUCGAUAAAGAUGGCAGCUGCUGGGGUGAACCUCUGGUUCAGGUUAUCCAGCUGGGGCAGCUUUGUAAUGGCUUGGGGGGGGGGGGGGGAGGGUUAAGGAUGGUGGGUGUGGCCACAGCAUAAGUAACCUGUGACAUCGUGGUUGCAGAGUCUGUUUUUGGUCACUUUCCCCAUGUUACACGUUAAGUCAACGAACCUUGGUUAUUACAGUACAAUAAGAUGCGACUGGCGUCUCAAUGGUUAAUUGUGGAUCAUAGAACGCCUGCGUCUCAGUAUUUAACCCCACAGGCUAUGUCCUGAAUGGUUCUACUGUAACUAAUGUCUUAACUGUAGAAUAUAAGUGACUUAAAUUAAGUUUUUCCUUUUAAGAAAUCUAUUUUCAUUUUCUUUGAGAGAAUAUAGUUUUUGCAUUUAUUAUUAUUGGACCAGCGGAGUAGGAGCCGCCACCCCUUGUAUCGCCUACGUAGUCCGACGCAGGCAAGCCAACGGGAUUAGCUGAGCUAUUUUUGUAUAAAUUGUUGCUUUGGUUAUUUAGUUCCCUUAGAACAAUUGUGGUUAUUUUUUAUUAUCUGUGUUUGAUUCUCUUGAUUAAGAAAUAAAAAAAAAAAGUGGAAAAAAAAACAGGGAAAUGUAGAUUUAUUUAUCAGAGGGAGCGAUACUGAUAUCAUAAGUUAUUUAAUGUUAAACAGACGCCUCAUUAAACCCUAGUUGUUAUAAUCUGCUUUUUACAAUAAACACUUUUUUGUAGUUUA